CGUGCGUUCUUUGUCGGCAAAGAAAGCGGCCACGCGAAGUCCAUGAUCCACGCGGCAGCCCAGCCCUACCCCCCGCGGCCCUACUACGACACCAAGCCCUCCCUCCCGCCGCCCCAGCCCAAUCCCUUCUCCCCCUCGCCGGCGGCCGCUGCGAUGCACCCACCUCCGGCCACCGUCGUCAUCGAGUCCACCGCCUUCCCCCAGCCCUACUACCUCCACCCCCACCACCCCCCUGCCCCGCCGCCGGCCGUGCCUGUGAUCCACCCCAACCCCGAGCAGCAGAAGAUCAACACUCUCUUCGUCUCCGGUCUCCCCGACGAUGUCAAGCCUCGAGAGAUCCACAACCUCUUCCGCCGCCGCCACGGCUUCGAUUCUUGCCAGCUCAAGUACACCGGCCGCGGUGACCAGGUUGUUGCCUUCGCCACGUUUUUUAAUCAUCAAUCAGCAAUGUCAGCAAUGGGCGCAUUAAACGGAGUGGUUUUUGAUCCUGAGACGGGAGCUACUCUGCAUAUAGAGCUGGCAAGAUCAAAUUCUCGGAAGCGUCCACGGGGGGGUGGAGCCUAUGCAGUGAUCGAUAAACGAGUUAAAGUAACAGAUGAUGACCAAGAUUUAUGGAGUAACGAUGGUGACGGUGGAUCUGAUGAACCAUUGGGCACAGAAAAUGAUAAUUCCAGCAACAAGGGUGCUUUAACUGCUGCACAGAGUGGUGGGAUCGCGGGCAAGCCGGAUAAUGAUCAAGCUGCUUCAAAUGAGCCAGAAAAGCAAACACCAGGGGAUAUUCCACCUUGUUCUACAUUAUUUAUUGCAAAUUUGGGUCCUACUUGCACUGAAGAAGAACUAAAGCAAGUUCUGUCUGAAUACCCUGGCUUUCUUACACUUAAGAUGCGAGGGAGAGGUGGAAUGCCUGUUGCUUUUGCUGAUUUUGCGGAUGUGGAAUCCUCAACUGCAGCCAUGAAUAGUCUUCAAGACUCUUUGCUGGCAUCUUCUGAUCGUGGUGGCACGCAUGUGGAAUACGCGAGGUCCAAAAUGAGGAAAAGCUAGCUUUGCCAAAGGGCCAUGCUACAAAUCCUGCAUUCCCAAAUUUGGACAUUAGUUUAGAUCAAGUGAUCCUUAAAGUGUGGACGUGGAUUAUUCUCAUGGAUAUAUUUUAUGCUUAACAUUGGCUUGCUACAUUGAGAGAUCAUCCUGUCUGAUUUUGCUUAUCUGUCGUAACCAUUCAAUACUUUGCUACGCUUCUUUGUGUAAAAUAAGCAGUUUUCAGUAAUUAUUCAACGGUCAUUAUGGUUUAUUAUUCAA